CCUGGCAACGUGUUCGGUGUGCCACACACAAAUGAUCAAUGGCCACUGCGUGUAAUCGCGUUGGGUUGGCGGCGAUUUGUUGACGCGUUGAAUGCACGCCCCACGCAUACCGCGCUCGCCCUAUAUCUACCCGGUGCUGUUCUUCCUCUUGACUGCCACAGCUGUUCCGUACUCUCCUACGCAGACGUGAACUCCCCUUCUGCUUUGCCUCUCACGCUAAACACUCUCCGGACUCGUUUUUUUUUUACUUGCCGUAUCACUUUUGAUUUUUUGCCAUGGCCCAAGCUCGCAUCUCGCUACCCUCUAAGAUUACCUACUCGCAAUCAAAUCCGGCGAGCCUGGCACAAAGCGAUCAUGGGGCCAAAACUCCGGGUAACAAUAAAGGCGCCUUUAUUACCGAUAAAUCAAAAUCAAUCGCGUCUUCAGCCGCAGUAGAAGAGGAAGUGGGCUCCGAGGUUCAGGUUCCUUCUGAACCGGACGCCGAUUCAGAAGAUAACCUACCAUCGCAGUCUGUCCCUCGCACUUCCAGGUCAGACGAUGGGCAGUCGUCCGAGCUGCUGAUGGGUGGCCACUCCGAGUGGCCGAGUGGGUCAGCGCCACUCCGGACAGGUGCCGACCCUAUCCCUUCCUCGCCUGAUGCCUUGCGCCUCCCUUUCAAUCUUUCGGGGGCAAAUCAUGAACCAGAGAGCUUGGUCAUUGGCUACCCAAUCCUAGUUCCUGCCGAAUUAGGUGACACGGUAUGGGAACGUGGUGUGGAUGAAGAAGACAUCUUCCUCCCUCGGGAUGAACACUCCGGCGGGGUCUUACAUUCAUUCUGUGAUGACAGUUACUGGAGCUUCCUCCGCUCAACGACUCCAGAUUCGAAGUUCGGCCAAGUCGACUCGCGCACUCAAGAAGAGCCAUCCGCUGUGCGUGCGCGAGACUUCGCAUUCGCACUGGCCUUGGAGUACGAACGAGAGAGGUGUCUGGAUAGGUUCGCGGACGGGGCUUCAUACGCCUCCGUUCUCGAACAGCACUUCGGGAUGGACAUGGACUGGUCGGCGCCGCAAAUGUCCAUUCGGAAACGUGCUACCGAGCCGUUCAUCUUCGCACAUCAAUACAUUCGGGAAGACUAUGACGUCGCUUCCACGAGUCCCUCGGCUCGCAAGUCCAUCAAGGCUGUCUUCGAACGCGGUAGAUCGCAGAGCCCUAAAGUGCUAUGUGACCAUGCGCCGGCCGAUCAUGUCUCCAUUGCCUUCAUUGCUUGCGCGGAGACAUCACCUGCAUCUGACACUAGGCGGAGGAGCACUCAAGCAGACGAGAGUUCCGGACAGCGAGAAGGCCUCAGACGACUUUCUCCACAAAAGUCAAUGCGGGGUCCACUGUCUUCGACAUCGCCGAGCAGGACCAGCCCAGAACGUCAAGCCAUUAUCACCGGGGAAGAGUUCAGGAAAGUGGUAUGCGCCGCCGCGGCUCCACCGGUUUUCGAGGUCGACUCCCAUGCCAUCUCAUGCCAAUCCCCUCUGGCACGCUCUCGCGCUUCAUCUUCUGCAUUCUCUCGCGGCUCUUCUCCAAUCAGAUCUUCCUCUCGCUCCCCUUCUCAAUCAUCUUCCAGUUCAGAUUCAUCGUAUGUCCCAUCCGACGCGGAGGACACCAGCGGAGCUUCUCAGAAAUGGAAGUCCAGGCAGCAAGCUAAACCUCAAGCCGUCAAAGGAGACAAGGCUCGUUGGCAGGAUGGCAUUCCCUCAUCUGCAGUCGCAGGUGAGAAGCGCAAACGAGCUACGUUGGCGUCACGACAGCCCCCUUCAACCAAGACAAACAUCAAUCGUGCAAGUACUUCAAUCCCCAAACGUCCAAGGGUGUAUGCUGUAGACCGUCAUGGUGAUAUCCACUGUCCAUGGCCUGACUGCUCCCACAGCGCCAGUGUGCUGCAGAUGCGCCACCACCUUUCCAAGAAGCACAGGCAUGAUGCUCCGUCUUGCUACUGGCCGGGGUGCCAGACGAAGCAUUUCUCUUCAGCGCCGAGGCACAUCGACGAUCAUCACCUCAAGAUUGAAUGGGUGUGUCCUGCUUGCCACAGUACCUUCAAGAGCGAGCGUUCGGGGAACAGGCAUAUUCGCCAAUCCUGCGAGGCGUGGCAGGGUGCCAAUGUUGAGGAGGUUAAGGAAAAUUGGAUCAGUGAUGACGAUGGUCAGCAAUCAACACGAAGCGAGUUGAAGUCCUUGGGAAAUGAGAGGGUGGUCGACGAGCGGCCUAAUAAACAUAGAAGAAUCUGAUUGUUCAUAUUAGUAUAUUAGCUUCAUCUCCUCACCCGCUGUACUAUCUAGACUUUCCGUUGUAUAUCAGAUCAAUCCACUGGCCUUCUC